AUGGACUCCAACAAGGCAAGUUACAAUGCCGGACAAGCCAAAGGCCAAGCUCAGGAAAAGGCAAGCAGCAUGAUGGAUAAGGCUAGAGAUGCAGCACAAUCUGCAAAAGAAUCCAUGCAAGAGGGAGGUCAACAACUGCAGGCAAAGGCACAGGGAGCUGCAGAUGCAGUGAAAGAUGCAACUGGAACCAACAACUGA